AUGUCAAUAUCCAAUCCAUCUCACUUAUUGAUCUCCCGCAACUCACCUCGUUCACCCGCGCAUCCUCAACUAGCCCACGCAUCCACAUCGCGGCAUCAUCAUGCUCAUGUCCCCUCUUCACCGCUUCCUUCGCCCAGGCAGAACUUCCUAGGUAGAUGGCAUCAGUCUCACUCCGCUGACGAGAUAAGCUCUUCGUCAUACAACACUAACCGUACACAAAGGGAAUCGGUUAGAGACGGGUUCGAAGAAGAUAUGUUGAAUCGACAAACAACCUUAGACUCCCAAAACCAAGAAGAAGGAGAAGAAGAUGUAGUGAUAGAUGUGCAUCCUACUUUUCUACCUGAUGCAAGUAUGCCAGGUAAAGUUAAAGUGAUAGUGGGUAGAAAUGAAUUUUACUGUCAUAAGGAUGUAUUGUGGUUUGCGAGUCCAUUCUUCCAAGGUCUGUUACAGGGAAACUGGGCGGAGACUACUCCACAUACCAACCCUACCACACCCUCCUCAUACGCUAUAGACCUAUCACCUACACCAUCUGUCCAUCUCCCCUCUUCACCACCUACUGAUACAGAUCCACCUAGUCCGCGCCAUAUGCCUAUACCUGAUGAUCCAGUCAAUCAAGAUGCCGUAGACCUCGACACGGACGAUACCCACCCAAGGGACCAAUCCGAAGUAUUACCUCUCAACAAUGAAGACGAACACCAUAUUGCUGUUGAUUCAACGAUACGAAUCAGAAAGAGCGAUCUCUAUAUAGACGGUACGGACGAUCCUAGCGUAGCAGAUAUCUUGAGGGAAUUGAGGGAACUACCUGAAACUCCGGAUGGAGUCAGGGCUAUAUCAGACGUACUGGAAGAUAACCCUCCAACAUUAGGUGAGGUCAUAUCGGGACAUGGUAAUAGUGUUGCAUCGCUAUCGAGAUUGACUAUUCAACCUCCUCCUCCCGAUGUGCAUCUACCGGACAAUUCUACUCCGCUCAUCUCACCAUCUCCUUCUAUCGAAUCAGCACAGACCGAACUUGCACCGUCCCAUCAACCCAGCUCAGCAAGACUGUCUAUCCGAACUACCCGAACAAGAUCAACUAUACGUCAUUCUUUCUCUUCGGGGACAGGGAUGGGUAUGAAGAAUACAAAGUUGGAAGCUGUUGUUGAGCUGCAUGAAGAAAGUCCAGCUGCAUUCCAUGAUUUCUUAUUUUGGGCUUAUCCCCAUCUGGAAUGUAAAGUAACCUGGACAAAUGUUGAGAACCUACUCUCUCUCUCACUCAAACUUAUUGUACCUGCCCUUCAGAAAUUAUGUGAACAUUUCCUAAUGACUCACGCAUCUGGUAGACCAGUCAUGGCGCUGUGUCUGGCCGAGGAACAUUGUAAUGCGGAAUUGUAUAGGGAAGCGAGUAGGUUCGUGCUUGAUCAGCCUUCUUGGGACCAUAAUGAGAUGCAAUAUCUGAGCUCACAGACUCAACUGAAAUUAUCCAUUAGGCGAAACUGGUUCUUGGAGAGACUUUUGAAACUGGCCAGUAUAGACGUAAAAAAGGAAUAUAUCUGUCGAGCCGACUGUCCAGACCCAUUGAGGUGUCAAACCCAGCUGGACGAGAAAUGGCGUCAGGCGUACGCGGCAGUCACUCGAUAUGGUCCACCGCAACCUUCCGUAGCGUUCAGAUGUCUGAGACAGCUUGAGACUUUUCCUACGAAUCCUAGUUUGGUGAUGUCGCAUCCUCUAUGCCAGAGUGCAGCCAAGACAUGGGUGAUGAGCUUAUUCGACAGGAUGUUUCAACCAAAGUUGGUUUACUCAAAUCCAGGUACUGAGAAAUACUGGUUAUGGAUCAAUAUGAAUUGA